CAUUGCAAGGCAAGUUAAAUCGUACCUCCUCGCUCCAAUUUGAAACCCCCCUCCGGCGAAAAUGGUGAUGGAACUUCCUCAAUGGUUUGUUCCAGCUUCGUGCGUCUUCAUCUUGAUUUGUAUAUCCACUCUGAUACUCAGGCGAGAUGGGAAACGGAAAAGCCUUCCACCUGGCCCGCCCGGCUUGCCUGUCAUCGGCCAUCUUCAUCUCAUGAAGCCACCCAUUCACCGAACUCUUCAGAAACUCAGUGAGAAAUACGGCCCCGUCAUGUUCCUUCGCUUCGGCUCUCUCAAAGUUCUGGUGGUCUCUUCGCCAUCGGCCGUGGAAGAAUGCUUCACCAAGAACGACAUCGUUUUCGCCAACCGCCCUGCCACACUUGCCGGGAAACACCUCAAUUACGACUACAAGACCGUGGGAUUCGCCCCUUAUGGCGAUCACUGGAGAGGCCUCCGGCGGCUAAUAAAUCAGGAACUUUUCUCUGUGAGCAGACUCUCCAUGUUAAGCGACGUGAGGAUGGAUGAAGUCCUGCUUCUGGUAAAGCAACUGUUCGGAAAGUCAGGACGAAGCUGGAUGAAAGUGGAACUCAGACACAGAUUCGUGGACCUUAUUUUCGAUGUGACGUUGAGGAUGAUCUCAGGGAAGAGGUAUUAUGGGACGGACGUGGUGUCGAAGGAAGCGACGGAUUUUAAGAAUAUGAUGGGCGAAAUUUUCGAACUUCUUAAUCCCGCUGUGGAUGACCUUUUCCCAAUACUACGACGGCUCGACCUCUUUGGGGUGCAAAGAAGGAUGAAGCGAGUGAUGAAGAAGCAGGACAGUUUUCUUCAGAACCUGCUUGACGAGCACAGGAGAAAACGAAGCUCCAGCAGCAACAUUGGCGCCAACCAGGAGAAAAAGACCAUGACCUUGAUUGAAGUCAUGUUGUCUCUCCAAAAAACGGAUCCGGUGUUCUACUCCGACACAAACAUCAAAGGAAUUGCAGCGGCAGUGGUAGCGGCGGGGACGGAAACUUCAGCAUCGACCAUGGAAUGGGCACUUGCAGUUCUGCUGAACCAUCCAGAGGUAAUGGAAAAGUUGAAGACGGAGAUAGACACUCACGUUGGAAAAGAGCGAUUCAUGAAUGAAUCAGACAUACCCAAGCUCACAUAUCUGCAGAACGUAGUGUUAGAAACUCUGCGCAUAUAUCCCGCCGGAGCUCUCGGAGUGCCCCACAUGAACUCAGAGGACAGUACGAUCAGUGGUUACCACGUCCCCAAAGGGACAAUGUUGAUGGUCAACUUGUGGGUGCUGCACAAGGAUCCAAAACACUGGAAGGAUGCCACUAAGUUUAUGCCAGAGAGGUUCGAGAAUGGGCAAGGCUCUGAGGGCUAUAACCUGAUUCCAUUUGGUGCUGGAAGGAGGCAGUGCCCUGGGGCUAAUCUGGCCAAGAGAAUCAUGGCCUUGACUAUUGGAUUGCUGGUUCAGGUGUUUGAGUGGAAGAGGAUUGGGGAUCAGGAGAUCAACAUGAUGGAGGGAGAUGGUCUUACACUCCCCAGACUUGAGCCUCUGGUUGCACUCAUACGGCCACGCCAAGAGAUGCUGCCCCUUCUCUCCAGCUUGUGAAGAUUAUAUGAGAACCUGCGUGUUCAUAGCUAGAGAAUAAACAGUACCGCUUUAUCAUGCCGCUACUUCAUAGUUAGAUGAAUUUUGGAUUCACACGCAAUUUCUUUCAUGCGCGAUACAUGCAAAAGUCCUCGUUUUAUGAAUAAUACUCUUUUGGCUAUAUUUAUAAGUCACCU